AUGAGGAGAAACGAGGAAUCGCAGGUCAGUCAUUCAUGGCCAUGGCCCCACGUUGAUCGGGCUGAAAUGGCAUUGUGAAGACAUGACAUGGGUUGGAUUUGGUAGACGCGAGAAGACAAUAUACGAUGAUGCCCGCCCGCUCUUUGUAUGGUCCAAGGGCAAAUAUCUAGGAGACAAAAACAGUCAACGAACUCAGAUAGGCCCAACAUUCCUCGGAUUCGGACCCAAAUCCACAUUUCGCUUCUUUCGCAGCGACCGCGGGCACGCCGGGAAGGAGAAAGGACAGCAGGGCGAACGCGGAUCGUCGACAUGGCCACGGACUCAGCCGCCGCCGCCGCCGCCGCCGCCACCAACUCGGAUGACUUCGCCAUCGGAUGCUUCCUCUCCAUCCAGACCACCUUCGGCGACGAGUUCGAAGCCCAGAUCGUCGCCUUCGAUGCCCCCUCCAACAUCCUUGUCCUCCAAGAGGGUUCCAAGGCUGGGUCUCGGCGAAACUUGAGGCUGCUCAGGGCGGAUUAUAUCAAGCAUUUCACCUUCCUACGCCACGGUGAAGACCCACUCGAUCUCAGCAAGUGUUACAUUGAUCUCGGCGCCUUGCGAGCUCGAGAACAAGUGGCAUUGAGGCAAGCGGAGGCGGAGGCUGAGAGGAUAGGAGUGGGUGUGACCAGCGAGGCUCAAAGCAUCUACGAUGCAUUGUCGAAAACGCUUCCAGUGCGCUGGGAUAAGAGUAUCAUAGUUGUGCUGAAUGAAGUGCGCGUCUGCAGCCCAUAUGUGCCUGAAUCUGUUAGUGGAGGAACUGCUGCUGCCAAUGAACGGGUUAAGAAAGUGUUGGAAUGGGAGAGGAAGAGAUUGCAAGCGCGUCCAACACAGUGAGCAUCUCUGCACACACGAAUUCGUGGGUUUCUACGGACUCUAGGUGGAUUUGCCAUCCAUAGGCAGGGAAAAUCUGAGGGCUGCAACAAGGAGCAGUGUCUUCUUUCACCUAUUAAUGUCGGGUUUAGUUGAUCUGCAGCAAAUAAUCUCUGGUUCAUUGUGAGAUGGGUGUGCAGAUGGAGAAGACUCGAGACAGUUGCAUUGAGCUUUGCUGAUGAUUAAAGACAUCUGUCUGCUGUAUGCCUCUUGUAUUUUGACUUCAGUAUCUGCUACCAUGUUGUGUGACUCGUGAUGGUAGAGAUAUGCUGAAGAAAUUGAUGACAUGAUAGAAACUUACAGAGGUGAGCCUCAGUUGUUCCGUUGCCUUCUUUUUUUGUGGAGAAUGAGAUCAACCGCGGUGCAGAUACAACAUUCAUAGCUUUAUAGUUUACCCGCUUAUCUGGUAAAAAGAAAAAAAGAGUCGUGUGUUGUUUGUAGAAGAUUUACUAUGUUAUGCUGCAGUAUUCGAUGCCCAUAUCUCCGUGCGUAAUGUGUUCUUGUA